UUCCAAUACCCGCCCUUAAUCAGAGCCGAGGUCGGGAGCAGCGUAUACUUGACCUGCGAUAUCGAGGACAUGAAUGGAAAGUGCUUCAGUGUCAUCUGGUUCAAACUGCGGUCCAAGAGCAGACCGACCCUGGAAACUUAUCAGUGUCAGACCCGGUGACAGCUUCGUAGGCAACGAAAUCGAGAAAUCCUGUUCCCUGAACCUCAACAACGCGCAGGUGAACGAUUCCGCGACGUGCUAUUGCGCUUUUAUUAAGAGCCCAAUCAUGUACACGGGCAAUGGAUCCACACUAGUAGUACAAGAAGGCUCCGAUGACCGCGUUUAUAUUGAAAUCAUCACCCCUUCAGAGGGCGCAGUCCAGUCCAGCGGCGCCGCUACUUUAGUGUGUCUGGUGUUCGGGGUACCCGAGCAGGCUCGGGUCUACUGGAUCAUCGAACACGAACUAACCGACUUCGGGACCGGAAAUUCCAGUGAAUCCACUCCGGACUUUAUCAGGAAUGAGAUCACCAUUCCGGGCGCGGUCUGGAGCAGCGGGACCGUGUGCACGUGUGUAGUGGAAACAGAGAGCGGGCGGAAUAUGAGCAAAAGCGUGAGCAAGACCGGUGAGAGAGAUCCAGAUUGCUUUCUUUAUUCGGUCUGGCGAUAUGUCUUCAUUCUUGGAGCUCUCGUUGCGAUGUGGAUACACUUUGCUGUAGUUCACUGGAACAAUAGCAAGCAAAGCGUGUAA